AUGAUUGUCAAUAUCUGGCGCUCUCGACUCAUCAACGUACUCCUCGUCGAUUUAAGUGCAAGUGCUGCCGAGAGGAUUUGUGAAGCUCAACUCGACCAAUUAAAGACAGGAAAAGGAAUUUUUAGGACUACAUUCGAUCAAACACCUUUCUGUGCGUAUUUUGGAGUUCGAUAUGCUGAGCCUCCGGUGGGGAAUCUUCGAUUUCGACAUUCAGUGUUGCAUGAAGAACGGACUAAUCAAAACUAUUCUUCUCCCGGAAGUAUAUGUCCCCAGUUCAGAAAGCCUUUUGGUAAAGAUGUUGUUAUCGGGAGCGAGGAUUGCCUUUUCGCGAAUAUUUACUCCCCGCGAAUAAACGCGUCUGCUUCCAAGCUUUACCCAGUGAUGGUGUUUGUUCACGGUGGAAGCUUUAUGGCCGGUCAUGGAGAAAACGACAUUCACGGUGUUGAUCUGCUUAUCGACAGUGAAGUUCUCGUGGUGACGUUCAACUAUCGAUUGAAGGUGUUGGGCUUCCUGAAGGCAGAAGCGUACAAUAUGAGUGGCAAUUAUGGUUUGAAGGAUCAAACCACCCUACUACGUUGGGUUCAACGAUUCAUCGGACACUUUGGUGGUGAUGCACAACAAGUAACACUCGCAGGACAAAGUGCAGGAGCAGCAUCAGUGACGUAUCAUCUGUAUAUUGAGCAAUCGAAGAAUCUCUUUCAUCGCAUGAUCGUUCUUAGUGGAUCAAUGCUUGCCCCGUGGUCAUUUUUGUACGAAUAUCACCACUGCUCGAAGCUAUACCUCGAAGAUCUGAACGUCUCGUCCGUGGAACAGCUUCAUCUAAUGGAUUUCGGUGCCUUUUUCCUUCGUACUGGCAAAUUAAAAUAUUCGUUCCCAUUCGCAUCCAUACCGAUGCCCUGUUUUAUUCCAGUUUGGGAGCGUGCUGAACUACAUGGGGACAAUUUUACCGUCAUGGAACCACACGACGCUAUCAUUCAGCCACCAAUCACUCCGGUUCCCAUGCUGAUCAGUGAAACGGCCACUGAAUUCGCAGGUGUACUGAAGCAUAUUGCAGGAUUUAAUUUACAUCCCAAUGUUCCUCACAACUGGACGAAUGGCAAGCUGAACGCCUUAAAGUUGUCGAUGGACGAGUUUGCCUCCUCGAUGACCGCACAAGCCGAAGCUAACUCAAGGGAGGAAGUAUUUCAAAGGCUAGCCAACUUAGCCAACCUGCAGUAUCCCGUCAGGAGACUUGCUAAGGAGCUGGUUCGAACUUUAGAUGAAAAGAUUCCGGUCUAUUAUCAACGGUUUGCGUUUGAUGGACGGUUCGGUCAAGCCAAGUACGAGCGGUACAAGGCGUUCCUGGACCACUUCGAGUACGGUGCAAUGCAUGGGGAUGACUUGGGAUACAUCUUCUCACCUUACAACUUACGCCAUGCGUUAACUGAUCCAGCAGCAUUUCACAACGAGUGGAAAGUGCACCGAGGGACUGCUGAAUUGAUCGCAAACUUCGUUAAGCAUGGAAAUCCUACACCAUGCCAAGGAAGGUACUUUAACAACAUCUGGCCUGCGCUGGGCAAAAACAGCUCUUAUAACAUGUUCUUAAACAAUGAUGAAACCUUUGAGCUGCGUACGUUUACUGAAGAUAAAUACUAUACACAGUGGGAAAAGGUGUACAAUUGUUUGUAUUACGACACAUGUGAUGCAUUUUUCGUUUAA